AUCGCCAAAAGCAUGAAUAUCUCUCUCAACUUCAAAAAAAAGUGCAAAUCUAGUCUUUAGUGUCCUCCAACUUCAAAACCGGCGUAAACAUGAUCCUUCGGUGAACACCGAUUUCUGAAUAUGGAAGAGGCGUUAUAGCCAGUUUUGUGAUUGAUGGACACGGUUCGAUAUAUGAUGGAGGCAAAAUAGACUUAUUCCUCGUAGCCUCAUGGGUGCUCAAGUUCAUGGCUGAUCUGAGAGAAAUGUUCGUGGACCUAAGAAGUAGCUCUAUGAUCCAGUGUUCAUCGAUCCUCCAUGUGAGAUUCGCGUGAGAGUUCAUCGUCUUUGCUUGCUCGGAUAAUCAAUCACCAAUCCAGCGGGCGGCCGGCCACUGGCUUGUGGUUUGGUUUUGGGGGAGAGAUUGAGAUUUUGCUUACUUUGAGUGAGAUCUAGUUCUUCUUGAGUUCUUCCUCAUCAAGAAGAGGAAGCAGCUCGCAUGCCCAUCUCCCCUCUCCUCGCCCACCUCGCUCCGUCCUCGGUUGCUCCGGCGGCAUUUGGUGCCCGUCCGGCGCGGCGGCGCUUCGUUGGAAAGUGUCUGAUGUUUUUAUAGUUUGAAACUGCUGCUAGCUGAAAGGAAAACAGGCAUGGGCAAUAGAAGUUUUGACUUGAGUUGUUCUUUGAGAAAAGAGGAGGAAAAUGGCACAAAUUUGUCGCCAUUUGUCCGCAAACUUUUUAAAGAGUGGGAUGACCGCAAGGCAAGGGGUUUGUUUCACCAUGACAUCAGUUCCUGCGAGACAAAGGUACUACCUGGUGAACACAAUUUUGUGGCGACAUUAAUAGAAGGACGUGACCAGAAGAAGCGGCCUACUCAAUUUGGAAUGAACCAAGUCCUGCAGCCUUUUGAUAGCGUGAAAUUCAAUUUCACUAAAGUUAGCCCAGAGGAAGUGAUCUUCACAUUCAAAGAAUCUCAGAAUGACUCUGUAAAGUACUUCGACAAUGUUCCUCAUGCUGUUGCAGCUUCUCCUACUGCCAUUUUGAUCAAUGUGAGUCCAAUUGGCUACUGCCAUGUGCUUCUGAUCCCUCGAAUCCAGGAUUGCUUACCGCAAAGGGUUGAUAAAGAGAGCUUCCUACUUGCCAUGUAUGUUGCAAGUGAAGCAAAGGAUCCAUUCUUCAGAGUUGGUUACAACAGUCUGGGUGGUUUCGCAACUAUCAAUCAUCUCCACUUCCAGGCGUACUAUCUGAAAGUGCAAUAUCCAGUCGAGAAGGCACUGACGGAGAAGCUUACGACUCUGGGGAAUGGUGUCAGCAUUAUUCAGCUGGUUCAGUAUCCAGUUAGUGGUUUUGUAUUUGAAGGAGGGGCAUGCCUGGAGGAUUUGUCCGAUGUUGUUUCAAAAGUCUGCAUCUUCUUGCAAGAGAAUAAUAAACCUUUCAAUGCCCUCAUCUCUGAAUCUGGCAAGAGAGUGUUCCUGCUACCACAGUGCUACGCCGAGAAGCAGGCCCUCGGGAGAGUGAGCCAAGAAUUCCUCGACAUGAGAAUAAACCCAGCAGUCUGGGAGCUCAGUGGCCAUUUGGUACUGAAGAGGAGGAAGGACUACGAUGAAGCAUCUGAAGCAACCAUAUGCAGGUUUUUGGUCGAAGCGUCUCUGUCUGAAUCAGAAUUCCAAGAACUGAAGAGCUGCAUCUUGGAGUUCCUGUCCAGUGCAGCUCCUGAAGAAUAAAGGAGGCCAAACAGUUAUUCAGAGAGAUACCGAUUUGUAACCGUAGGUGCAAUAAAAAGUUGGCCCGAGUCUGUUCUUCAGACUGAUGUACAAUUGAAACCUCUUUGAUAAAUUUUAUAUAACAGAUGUUGGUGUUA